AUGAUUCCCGGUGAAGGCUCGGCUGCCAGGCCGGCCGGCCGGCUCAGCACGCGUCGCAACCGCCUCGCCGCGGCCAGCCCUCGGGGCAAAUCAACCUUGGCAGAGGAGGACGUAGUUCAGAACCUUGCGAACCGCAUCGGUUGCCCAUCUUGUGGCUUCUUUUCUUUGCUUACUCGCUAUUCUUCCAUGCAGUUCGGACAAUCGAGCAGCUGGGCAGUACAUCUGCUCUUCUCUCAUGUUGUUGAUGUUUUCGACUUCACACCUGUCGUGCACCUUGCUCUUCGCGUACUAUCAUGA